CUUUUUUCCACUGGUAUUUACACACUUUGCAAAGUUUACAUCAAACUUCUUCAGUCUCACAGUCACUUAAAAGUAGAUUUUCACAAGCUAAGCCCUCUCAAAACAAAGUCAAUCAAGACUCAAGAUGGACCUUAAAUUUUGAACUGUGGUGUUGAAUAUCACUGCUGUGUACAUCUUCCCUGGCUGCAGUGUUUUCUUGAUUAAAGUCAUGUCUGACAUUGUAGCCCAAGCCACUCCAGAACAGCUGGAGCUGUUAGAACAAUCAGAACCACUCAUGACAAACACGAGGAAGCAAUCGCCUGUUCGCCUCAACAAGAGCUGCAUCAAUGAAAGCGAUGAUGAAAUUACAAGUUCACCUGUCUCAACCACCCCCAGAUGUCCACCUGCAGCCCACCAGACUGGUGCUGGGCCAUCCCACUCACACACGGCAGAGCUUCUAGCGGGGGGGAUUCCCAAAAACAGAAAGCGCCCUGGUUCCACUGGUGAUGGACAGAGAGUGACUAUGUUAGGUACAGUUACCAGAGGCAAUGGUGUUGGGCAGCCAGUCGAGGUCCAGCUUGAACUGACAGAAAAUGAAUUUCUGAGACUGACGUCCCAGAAAGAAGAAACAAAGAAGACAAGAAGAUGCGUGUGUCAGAGAAAGGAAGGUUUUCACAUCAUUCUUUGGGGUUUUCUUUGUGUUCCAGUUGCUCUAUUAGUGUCAUUGUGUGUUUCCUUCUACAACGGUUCCAUGACCUGGUACAACUUGAUUAUAUAUUUCAGUGAGGAGAAAUCGCUACCUUACAGGGUAACGUUAUGCCCUUUAAUCAUUUUAUCCUUUCCAUUCACGGUUGGGCUUUCGGCGCUGUGUAUCGCAGUGGUUGCUUGUGUGAUGCAAAUCUCCUGGUCUUGGCUCCGGUGGCAGGCGGAGUUUUACGAUGGGGAGAAGGGCUUCUACGGGUGGUUCUGCAGCAAGGUCGGGCUGCCCAAGUGUUCCCCGUAUGAAGUUGUAGUACUUGAUGACACUACCACGUAAACGUUUAUGUUAACACACUUGUAAUUCAGACAUUUAAUAUGUACUAAAAGCAUGUUAUUUUCAUGUUCCUGACAAGUCAGUUUGAUUUGGUGCUAAUUUGUGUAACUAAUAGCCUAAUAAGUUAAUUUUUUAAACAAUGAGUUAGGGGGGGUUUAAGCAUAAGAAAAAAAAGUUAUUGCUCUAAUUACUCAAAGCUUAUUGAAAGCUGUAUUUGUGUUAUAAGAAGCAAUAUUAUAAAGCAGUAACAGGCCUAUAGCAGCUACAGUUCUGACCAUUGUGUUAAGAAAAUUGCCAACAGACAGUUUGAACUAUCUGUGGGAAAUCAUACAAUGUUAUCAGAGGAUUAUACUGACUACAAUUCUGGCAACAUUGUCAGUUAAUAAAUUCCCAACAUUAUUUGUCCUGUGGUGUAGAUAUAAUUUAUUCAGCUGGCUAAAUCAGUCAGACAGUUAAAAAAAAAAUAUUUUAAUGUAAUUUUAUCAUAUAAAUGAAAUAUACAAAUAUUUUAAUAUAUUUUUGCUUGAAGUCAAAUAUUUUAAACAAGUGGUGUAUAUGAAAUGUCAUUACUAUUAAGGUUUUUGUCAUUAUAAUUUACAAUUGAUCUUUUAAUUUUUUUUGACUGACUUUGUAUCACCUGCUUGAUUCAUUGUAGAUUGUCUGUCUUUGAUUCUACGGGCUUUUAAAAAUCAUUUUGGGGGUUUUCUAUUUCUCAGGAAAAAUGAUUAUACUUCAAUUGUGUGGUUGUCUCUCUUUCAAGAUAGGAUUGUUUGUUUUCCUGUUUCUAUAUUAUAAUCUUUUAUUUCAUUGUCUGUGUCGUUCAUAUUGUCAGUUUCACCUUUUUUUGUAUCAUUUUACUGUUUUUACCUGUUAUAACAAAAAAGUUUUUACACUUAAAAGGAAUUUACCAAUGUAUUUAUAUUAGUUACAGAUUACUUCUAUUAAUGUGAAACGAAUAUUGUUAAAUUUAUUCUUACUAUUUUUUUUGUGUCGAAGUUUGAACUUUUAUGUUUUUUCUAAAUACUCUCAAUAGAUUUCCUUAUAUUGCUUCUAUUUAAAACUCCCUCUUUCAGUCCAUUUGGAUGUUUUUUUAUACUUAGGAUUUUAAGCUAUUAAAUUUUUGUAGUCAAGCUUUCCCAGAUAUUUCAAACUUUGUACCAUUUCGGUAUGAUGGAAAAUGUAUACAGAGAAACUAUAUAAAGAUAUCCUCAUGUUUGCCUUAACGUUUCAAAAACAGCUCAUGGUAUAUUUGUGUUUAAAUCUUACAGUAUGUUGUAUCUCAGUGUAAAAUUGGUGUGCUUCAAGCAGUUUCAUAAGCUAAUUUGGCUGCAUGUGAAAUUAAAGUAUUCAGUCAUACAAUUUAAAUAAGAUGCAGAUGUAAUUUUGUGUUGGGUAAGGAUGAAUAGGUUGUGGUCACUGCUUCAGUGUUUGUUGUCAGCAUAUUUAGGUAAUUGAACUACUAAGUAAUGUUUAAAUGUGCUGGUCACACAAACUCAUAACUCUUUCAUUGAAACAAAUUCACUUUAAUAUAUUUUUUAUUGAAAUAUCAUGUUUCGAAUGUUUUUAGUUCUAUAUUAAAUUUCAUCUCGAUGACUCUGAGAAAUGAAAUAGAAAUGUAUGAAUCUCUUAUUUUACAUAUCUUUAGGAUCUUUUUUUUUUAAAGGUGAGAGUUAUCUCCCCCAUAUGUUUUUUACAUGUUUUCUCCACAAUCCCAUGACUAAAAUAUUUAAAUGGAACCAUGCAAUGCUAAAUGUGAAAAUGUGGUUGUCACUUAAUAAUUUCGUUCAUAUUGUAAUGGGUCUUAAUAUAUUUAGGGUGAAAUAUAAAAACUGCAUUUAAAUAUUUAAAUUAGCUAUUGUUUCUAUUGGCUAAUUUUCUAUCUGAUAUAAAUUGGCAAUACACUAAAAAUGUGCUAAGUGCCUUUAAAUAUUUCCAUCCAUGGCAUACACAAGCAACGCAGCAUAUGUACGUUAUAGUAAAAAAAAUGUGUGUAGUUUUUUUUUGGUAAUUUUAUUUGAAAUGUAAUUAAAACAAAAAUUCAUUUCAUAUCACUAGGCUAUGUACAUGUUAACUUUAAUAUCAACAAUCACGAAUCAUUUUGAAAGAUUUUCCUGUAUAUUUUUUUAAAGAGAUCAAUGUUGUUUGAUGUCAACUAAAAGGCAGCCAUCUUGUUGAUAUCUGAUGGCAAGCAAAACAAACACAUUCCUGUUUCUUUUUCUUUUUUUUGGACAAAGCUUUUAAAUCAAACUCAUUGUGACCAAUCUGUUUACACCUUGUGAUGAUGUAGCAUACACAAUCUGAUAGUGGCAUUUACCACUCUUUAAUAUUUGCCAGACUGCAUUACACCUUGUGAUGAUGUAGCAUACACAAUAUGACAGUGGCAUUUACCACUCUUUAAUAUCUGACAGUGGCAUUUACUACUCUUUAAUAUCUGCCAUACUGCAUUACACCUUUUGCUGAUGUAGCAUACACAAUCUGACAGUGACAUUUACCACUCUUUAAUAUCUGCCAGACUGCAUUACACCUUGUGAUGCUGUAGCAUACACAAUAUAACAGUGGCAUUUACCACUCUUUAAUAUUUGCCAGAAUGCAUUACACCUUGUGAUGAUGUAGCAUACACAAUAUGACAGUGGCAUUUACCACUCUUUAAUAUUUGCCAGACUGCAUUACACUUUGUGAUGAUGUAGCAUACACAGUUUGACAGUGGCAUUUACCAAUCUUUAAUAUUUGCAGACUGCAUUACACAUUGUGAUGAUGUAGCAUACACAAUAUGACAGUGGCACUUACCACUCUUUAAUAUCUGACAGGUGGCAUUACACCUUUUGCUGAUGUAGCAUACACAAUCUGACAGUGGCAUUUACCACUCUUUAAUAUCUGACAGGCUGCAUUACAUCUUGUGAUGAUGUAGCAUACACAAUAUGACAGUGGCAUUUACCACUCUUUAAUAGCUGCCUGGCUGCAGUAUUACUUUCAUGUCUUAUUUAUUUUACUGUUUUCUUUUACUUAAAAAAAAGUCACUUUCAAGUGCAUGUUACAUUCAUCAUCACCGCUAAUUAAUUGUUUUGAUAAAUUAUGAUUUUUUAAAACAAGUCAUUCUAAAAUUUAUUUAUUAUCCAUUUACUGUUUAUUUAUUUAUUUUAAAAUUAUUAUUCCUUUUUAUUUAAUUAUCAUUAUACAUCAUUGUUCAUCCUGAUUUAUUUUUUUAUCAACUAUGUCAUAUAUGUUUUAAAACUUAAAAGAAUUUUGAACUAUUUCUGAUGUACUUUGUGUUUGGUGUUGUAAAAGCUUGUUACCUGAGCCUUCAAGUAGAUUUUUUUAAUUUCCCAUCUUGAAGAUCCUGGAGGUUUUUUAGAUUGUUUUAUGCAUGUACUUGGCUGUGAGCUUUGAUUAAAGAACUGGUUGUCAUUUUUUUAAAUCCACUUUUAUUUUUUAUUUACUUACUUUAAAGAAAAAUUCUUAACUUGUAUUUGGAUUAUUUCAUGUAAAAAAAUAAUUUUUAAUUUUAAUUGUUGUGGAAGUUAAGCUUAAUCUAAUAAGAGAAACAUUGAAUUUUAUUGAAGUUAAAAUUAAUUGUACUUGUAUUAUGUUUUUUGUUUUAAUGUAUAAAAAAUGUUUUCUACUAAGUAGAUGGGGUGGUCGGGUGAUAGAGCUCUCAACUGCCAGCCUGAAUAUUUCUGUCCUGACUCACGACUGUCAGACAUCUUUGAGUUCACCCAGCUCUAAUGGGUACCUGACUCAUGUUAGGGAAAGUAGAGAUGGCUGGGCAUAGUGCUGACCACAUCAUCCUUUCAUAUACUGAGGUCAAGAGACAUGAACUCUACUUCAUCUGCCCUACAUAUUUCUAUGUCUGGAAGGGGAAUAUAACUUUUUACUUUUAGUCAGAAAAAACAAAUAAGUCAAUGAUUAUUAAUCUGGGUUUGAUCAAACUAUAAGAAGGGUUCUAUGAAUAUGCUUAUGAACCUGGUGGGUUUCUGUGCCUCCAAAAAAAAGUUGAGAACCACUGCUGUGUUGUAAUGCCCACCUGACAAACUAAUCAGAUAUGUUGAAUCUACUCUACUAGUCCAAGAAUAUUUUGUGUUUCAGAAGCAGAUGACUUAUUUUUUUUUAUUUGUCCACAAGUUUUAUUGUUUACAAACAUAACUCUAUAGGACUAAACAACAUCACUAUUAAAAUUAUAUUGUUAUUUACAAUACAUAUAUAAUCCUAUCCAGUGAUAUCUAUGAAAUGUUAUCAUUAUUUACAAUAUAUUCGCACACAGAAAUUCUUUAUUAGGACAAUGUCUGACCUAAUUAGUGUUGAUACAAUGUGUUCAUCGUCUAUAUUUGUUCAUGUGUUUGCAAUGCUUUAAGGCACUAAA